CUGGACAAAAGUCGUCACUGGCACUCGCCACGUGCAACCACAACCAACAGUGAGUGAGCAGCGAAGAGGAACACUGGGGGCAAGAACAUUGAAUUGUUUACUUGCUGAUAAUUCCCUCCUUUGCAAAAUGAGCUGCAAGCGAAAACGUGCCAACGGAACUUCAUCAAAAGAUGUGAAAAAGGAGAAACAUCUGCAUGUCGAUAUCAACAGCUCUCUCUUUGACAUCACAAACAAAACACGACAGCAGGAAGCAUGGCAGAAGUGUACGAGUUUCAGACAAGGUGACGUGGAGCUGGACUGUACUCCGUUCCCUCAUUGUGUUAUUAAUCAGUUCCUGCAGCCAGAGGAGUUUCUGUCCAGCCUUGAGAUGGAACUCUCACAGCUCAACUUCCAUACCAAGAGCAACGAUCUGUAUAAAUUUGCGCAGUCUGAUGAUUUGAAGACCGGGACAGAACCUUGUAUCACUGAGUUGAGGUCGGUGUUGUUUGGCCAGUUCCGCUGCUGGCUAAGUGAGCUAUUGGAUGUCAUGCUAGAGCCAACUGUGGACAUCUCCUGUGCCAAGUAUCAACACACAGAUGUGCUACUGUGUCACGAUGAUGAGUUGGAAGGCAGAAGAGUGGCUUUCAUCUUGUACCUGGUGCCACCGUGGGAGCUUGGUGACGGUGGCACACUGGAUCUCUUCAACACGGAUGAACAUGGUCAGCCAGGCUCUAUAGUGAAAUCUCUAGUCCCCAGCCGGAACAGAUUGGUGUUCUUUGAGGUGUCUCCCGUAUCCUUUCAUCAGGUUUCAGAAAUUUUGUCAUCAGACAAAUGCCGCAUGUCUGUGAGUGGCUGGUUCCAUGGACCAUCUCUUCCAAGGCCUCCCAAAUAUGUAGAAGCUCCUGUCCCUCUCAAGAAAUACUCAUCUAGCGAUGAUGAAAUAUUGCACAAGUGGAUCAGUGAGGAAUACAUGGGUGAUAAGAACCAGAUUGAAAUCCAGACAACGUUUCAAGAGAGCUCGGAAGUUUGCUUAAAAAACUUCUUGAAGACCGAAAGGAUUCAGGAGAUCAGAAAUGCUCUGCAGCUGGCAGAGAUCCAGUGGAUCACAAAAGGUCCUGCAAACAAGAGGCACUAUGAAUACGCUGAAAUGGGCUCCCUUCCACCCUGUGUUCAAGAAUGUUGGGAGCUUUUGUCUUCGGAGGCUUUCUUCCUAUUGCUGUCCAACCUUUCGGGGUUGAAGUUACACCCGCUGGCCGAGAACAACGACAGUAGUGAGGAUGAGGAAGAGGAUAGUAGUGGUGCUGAUGGAUCUGAUCAUGAAGUCGAGAGAAGACCAGAACGGAAAAGUAAAGAUGGCACGACAGCAGUAUGCGCUGGUGAGGUCAGGAGGUGGAAACACGGCUCCUACACUCUCGUGCAUGACUGCGACCAGCGAGAGUUUUGCCUGGACCUUCGUCUUACAAUUGGAUGCUCAGGUUGGAAGCACGAGGCCGGUGGUUUUACUUCCUACAUUGCUUAUGGAGAAGAUGAGGAGCUUUUGACGGUGAAUCCUGAAGACAACUCACUGGCACUGGUCUACAGGGACACGGAUACUCUCAAGUUUGUCAAAUAUGUCAACGACACAAGCUCCUCCCACCAGGACCCACCGGGAACAUUUUAUGACUUCUCCUUUGUAUAUUACGAAUAAACUUUGACUUUGA